AUGCUCAGAGUAGGUACGAAGGAGGUGGUCCCAGAGGAGAGGACUACAGGUACAGGGAUCCUAGAGGAGAGGACUACAGGUACAGUGAUCCCAGAGGAGAGGACUACAGGUACAGUGAUCCCAGAGGAGAGGACUACAGGUACAGGGAUCCUAGAGGAGAGGACUACAGGUACAGUGAUCCCAGAGGAGAGGACUACAGGUACAGGGAUCCUAGAGGAGAGGACUACAGGUACAGUGAUCCCAGAGGAGAGGACUACAGGUACAGUGAUCCCAGAGGAGAGGACUACAGGUACAGUGAUCCCAGAGGAGAGGACUACAGGUACACUGAUCCCAGGAGGAGGGGACUACAGGUACAGUGAUCCCAGAGGAGAGGACUACAGGUACAGUGAUCCCAGAGGAGAGGACUACAGGUACACUGAUCCCAGGAGGAGGGGACUACAGGAGGAGAGGACUACAGGUACAGUGAUCCCAGAGGAGAGGACUACAGGUACAGUGAUCCCAGAGGAGAGGACUACAGGUACACUGAUCCCAGGAGGAGGGGACUACAGGUACAGUGAUCCCAGAGGAGAGGACUACAGGUACAGUGAUCCCAGAGGAGAGGACUACAGGUACACUGAUCCCAGGAGGAGGGGACUACAGGAGGAGGGGACUACAGGUACAGUGAUCCCAGAGGAGAGGACUACAGGUACAGUGAUCCCAGAGGAGAGGACUACAGGUACAGUGAUCCCAGAGGAGAGGACUACAGGUACACUGAUCCCAGGAGGAGGGGACUACAGGUACAGUGAUCCCAGAGGAGAGGACUACAGGUACAGUGAUCCCAGAGGAGAGGACUACAGGUACACUGAUCCCAGGAGGAGGGGACUACAGGAGGAGGGGACUACAGGUACAGUGAUCCCAGAGGAGAGGACUACAGGUACAGUGAUCCCAGAGGAGAGGACUACAGGUACAGUGAUCCCAGAGGAGAGGACUACAGGUACACUGAUCCCAGGAGGAGGGGACUACAGGUACAGUGAUCCCAGAGGAGAGGACUACAGGUACAGUGAUCCCAGAGGAGAGGACUACAGGUACACUGAUCCCAGGAGGAGGGGACUACAGGAGGAGAGGACUACAGGUACAGUGAUCCCAGAGGAGAGGACUACAGGUACAGUGAUCCCAGAGGAGAGGACUACAGGUACACUGAUCCCAGGAGGAGGGGACUACAGGUACAGUGAUCCCAGAGGAGAGGACUACAGGUACAGUGAUCCCAGAGGAGAGGACUACAGGUACACUGAUCCCAGGAGGAGGGGACUACAGCAGGAGGGGACUACAGGUACAGUGAUCCCAGAGGAGAGGACUACAGGUACAGGGAUCCUAGAGGAGAGGACUACAGGUACAGUGAUCCCAGAGGAGAGGACUACAGGUACAGUGAUCCCAGAGGAGAGGACUACAGGUACAGUGAUCCCAGAGGAGAGGACUACAGGUACACUGAUCCCAGGAGGAGGGGACUACAGGUACAGUGAUCCCAGAGGAGAGGACUACAGGUACAGUGAUCCCAGAGGAGAGGACUACAGGUACACUGAUCCCAGGAGGAGGGGACUACAGGAGGAGGGGACUACAGGUACAGUGAUCCCAGAGGAGAGGACUACAGGUACAGUGAUCCCAGAGGAGAGGACUACAGGUACACUGAUCCCAGGAGGAGGGGACUACAGGUACAGUGAUCCCAGAGGAGAGGACUACAGGUACAGUGAUCCCAGCAGGAGGGGACUACAGGUACAGUGA